AAAAAGCCUAUAAUAUGCUGUGGAAAGAAGGGCUCUUGAUGAAACUGGAAAGCUUGAAAAUUGACGGAAGGACGUAUAACUGGAUUAUGAGUUUUUUAUUUGGCAGAACAAUUCAAGUAGCGACUGCUUUAUCUCAGAUCCUUCCAAUUGAGAAUGGAACUCCCCAGGGACGUGUGAGCAGCCCGAUUCUUUUUAAUUUAAAGAUUAACGAUAUCUAUUAUACUGUAGAUUCUGGAAUAGGAAGGUCAUUGUAUGCUGAUGAUGGAGCACUAUGGAAAUGGAGAGUUGGGCAAAUUUUCUGUGGCCAAAGCGCAAGUGGUGUGUUUUUCGACAGGGAAGAAUAAUCGAAGCUUGAAUAUUGAAAUGUAUGGGUAAGUUGGAACAAGUAAAUGUAGUAAGGUUUUUGGGUAUGUGGAUGGAUUCUAAAUUAAAUUUUAGAGUACAUAUUCAGAAAUUGAUAGAAAAAUGCAAAAGAAAGGAAUAAAUGUGUUAAGGUGCUUGUCAGGAAUAGAAUGGGGGGCAACUUGUCAGUCCUUGAAAAUAAUUUAUUGUGCUGUGAUUAGGUCAAACAUUGACUAUGGAUGUCUAAUAUACAGUUCUGCGAGCAAAAACAUUACUUAAGAAGAUUUAGGUAAUACAAAAUCAGGCUUUGUGAAAUUUGCUGUGGUGCAUUUAGAUCAUCCCAGAUAGCCUCACUACAAGUUGAAAUGGGAUAAUUGCCCCUAGGCAAUUAGGAUCAAGUGUCAAGUGUCAGUUUUUGCUACCGAACUUUUAGCUAUCAAACUAGCUCUACAGUGGAUUGAAGAAGUCCAACCAGAAAGAACUGUGAUUUGUAGUAAUUCAAUGGCUGCUCUCACUAGUCUAAAAAGUGGACAAGAUUGGGAAAUAGAAAGAAGGAUGUCAUUAUCUCAAGAUUAAGAAUUGGACAGCAUUAAACCAAAGUCUGUUUAGAAAAGGUAAGCAUGAAUCAGAAGGUGUUGGGAAUGAGAAACAGUAAGGCAUAUUCUUGAUGAGUGUCCUGCAUAUGAAAGGGACAGAUUUCAAGUAAUUCAGGAAUUAGGGUGGACAGGAGUGGGCAAUAUUUCUCUAAAGGUACUGUUGGGAAGCGAGUAUGGGCAAUCGAGAAUUCAAGAAUUCUUAUUUAAAUACCUACAAGACACUAAAACAAUAAACAGAAUUUAGGUUUUAUUAAUUUCCCUUUUUUCCUCUUCUUCAAAAUCUAUGUUCGCUCCACACUCCAGAUCAGUAGGUGGCGCCAAUGCACUUUUCCGUUGGUCUGACAAACUGCCAUAAAACACCAGAAGAAGAAAUAAGGAAGUGGAUAAAAUCGGUGUUUGUUGGAUUUGGUUCUUUGAUCAUAUUUUUAUUUACCGACAUUUCAUUUUAAACAGUAGUUUGUGACUGCUGGGAAUAAUCUGAACAUCUGGAUGGAUUCUCUUGGGGCCUCUCUUGGUCGGGGACUGAGAAACUGCCUUCUCCUGGUGAAGAGUUUUUUACUCAAAUCAUUGGGAAUAUUCUCUCUCCUCUGCUGCCAAUUGGACCGAACAAAUGCUACUUCGGCUGUGAACCAGGAUGUAACUUUAUCCUGUAGAAAUAUAUCUACUACUGAUGGUUUCACCUACACUGUGAUGCCAAACGCACAGUCUGUUUUAGUCACGGGUAAAGACUGUGAACAAGGAUGGUACAAUGAGAACUUGGAGUUUUUGACAGAUGGACAGCAUGAUCCGAAUCAAACUAGGCACUCGCAGGUCGUUAACGAAGAUAUAAAUAAACUCACACUUUCAACAUGCAGCAAAAUUUACCAUCAAGUGACUUGUCAUGAAACGGGGGAAAGGUUAAACACCACUUACUAUGUGAACAACGACACCGACACCAACAGCUUAAUUAUGGAACAGAUGUCUCAUAAAACUAGAAACCAUAUCUGUAUCAUCAUUUUCCUAAUUGCUCUGGUGGUGAUGGUUGGAAUCCUGAUUAUCUGGUACAAAAGAAAUAGAAGGUCAUACAACAUGAAUGAGCAUCAAUCAAGCAGCGGGAAGAAAACUCAACCCAGAACAGUCAGCAUGACCAUGCUGUAGAUAUCUCAAUGCUGAACAAAGAGUUUGAGGUCGUAAUGAACCCCAGCCAAAUCUGUCAUGUGAACAGUGAAAGCUGUAAGAACGAUGACGUUACGAGCAACGCAGCUUAACCACUAAAUAAGAGCACGAUUACAGCACAGAAGUAUCACCCAGAGCAUUCCAAGAUCAACGCAUGACUGCAGUUUAGCUUCAGAAAUCUGCCUGCUUCUGCCUUUGCUAUAUUUGCACCUUCAUGCAGUUCCUUGAGAAAUUAUUCACAAAGUUGCAUUACAGCUUGGGUAUCAAAUGGAUUUUAUUUGCCAAUAAGUAAAAAAAAUAUUAAAACAGAAAUAUGCCACUACUGUCGAAGUAAAAAGACCAGGCUCCAUCAACUAAAGAUUACUGAUUAUGACCAGGUCUUAAUUCAACAUAAAAACAUGAAGAGGAGUUGAAUACUUUCUCAAGGUCCCUGCUUUGUACAUCACUUUUGCACAUUACUUUUAUAUUCAAAUAUUUAAUAUAUACACUAAAACAUUGUAUUUUAUAGUUGGGUAAAAUGUAUGUAGCUGACAUUUAUAUUUAGUAGCAAUAUUCUGGUGCAAAAUAUAUUAUAUGGAUGACUACCUAGAAUUUAUUUCUUAAACACAUUAACUCAUUUUUU